CCCGCCUCAUUCAGCAGCGGCCCCACGUUCUGUGUGAAGAAAUUCUUCAGCCAUGGAUGUGUUCAUGAAAGGACUUUCCAAGGCGAAGGAGGGAGUCGUAGCAGCGGCAGAAAAGACCAAGCAGGGCGUGGCGGAGGCGGCAGGGAAGACGAAAGAGGGUGUCCUCUACGUGGGUUCCAGGACCAAGGAAGGAGUUGUUCAUGGUGUCACAACAGUGGCUGAGAAGACCAAAGAGCAGGUGUCUAAUGUUGGGGGAGCUGUGGUGACAGGAGUGACGGCAGUGGCCCAGAAGACAGUGGAAGGAGCAGGGAACAUUGCUGCAGCCACUGGCUUGGUGAAGAAGGAUCAGCUGGCCAAACAGAAUGAAGAAGGUUUCCUGCAGGAGGGAAUGGUGAAUAAUACAGAUGUUCCUGUGGACCCUGAGAAUGAGGCUUAUGAAAUGCCUCCAGAGGAAGAGUAUCAAGACUAUGAACCUGAAGCAUGAGAAUCCUUUCCUUCCUUUAUAUCUUCUGAAAUCUACUAACUACUAAAGAAGUCCCAUCCUGUACGAGUGCUGAGUUCCAAUGUGCCCAGUCGUAAAAUUUUUUUACAGUUUUUACAGUGUAUUUUGAAGUCUUCCAUCAGCAAUGAUUGAAGUAUCUGUGACUGCAUCCACCUUAUUUCAGCAUUUCCCCCCUGCUGAAAUGAAAGCUGGAUGGCAGGGUCAUUGUUGUGCUGUGGAUAUUGUGGCUUCAAGUUUAAAAGUUGAAAAAGAAAAUAUUAAAAACACCUAAGUGUCUACUGCUUAUUUCUAACUCUGUACAUGUUUUGUUGAUAGGCUGUCAGUAAUUUGAUAUUGUUUAUGAUACAAUUUUUAUUUGUUUCCUAUGACUAUUCUUUCUGUGCAGAGACGACUUAUUGUGGGAGCUUUAUAUAUAUGUGUAUGUAUUAUACAUAUUAAAAAAAAAGUAAUUGAGCAUGAACUAUGCACCUAUAAAUAUUACCUGUUGAAAAUAUAUUGUUUUGUGAUGUGUUUUGUUAACUUGUGUCUGUAAAUAAUGGUGUUCAACUGAAGCAAAUAAAAUGUAACCCAUUAAAA